AUAUACAUUUCUCUUAUCUCUCGCAUUUCGAUAAUAUUAUUUAUUACAUAUACGUGUGUAUAGGUAUUGAGAAAUUAUGAACAAAUGAGAGAAACCCCCCCGAUUCAUUUUUUCAAAGAAUCGUAAUUAUAUGGCAGAACAUUUUGAAACUAUUUCGUUGUAAUAGCGUAAGGACUUGUGAGAUAAUGAAAAUUCAACAUUUUGCUCAAAUUUUAUAUACAAUGAUUCACGAAAAACGUUUUGUGUUGUUUGAAAUAUAAACAAGUUUACUUGUUAAGAAAAUGAAAAAUUUGCAACCUCCGUCGGACUGGUUAUGCAACUCCUUUUCCCGUCGAGGAGAUAAGUUUUUUUGCAAACAAUUUGUUACUAUUCCUCUUCGUUAUUACUUUUUCAAUUAAUGAUCUUUCCCACCUUCUCUCUCGACUUCCAUUAAGAAGCAGCAUAAAUCUUCCAAUUCUCGUUUCCAUUUCCUAGAGAUAUCCUGAGCCACAUUGCCUCGCGCGCCUUUACAUCGUUCGCAACAAGUGUUUCCUAAUCGAUAUCACACCCUAUACGAAGCCCUUCUAAUCGCGCAACGCGAACAAGUUCCAGGUGAUCUUUGUUCCCGUUGUGUGAUUGUCCCGAUGCUGCAUAUUUAUCCUAAAAUAUAUAAUUCUUAUAAAUUUCUUUAAAAAAAAAAGGAAAUUCUAAACAACAUAAGAUUUACACAUAUUAAAAUAAAGUUAAUUUUGUUGUUGGCCAUGUCUGCCGCGUCAUCAAGUCUGUCUCUCUCUCUAUUUCUCUCUCUUUCCCGCUUUCUAAUGAUUAAACCAGUGUGAUUAAUACACGCUCUGUUUAUCCUCCGAGGGUUAAACCCCCGUUCAUUUGUCUCUAGUAUUUCGAGGGACGUGACAAUUUACGUUUACUCGAUAAGUCCUCUCAUCUCAUCGUCCUUAAUGAUGUUGUACAUCUUCUGUCCCCGUCUCUGUCACCCUCGCGUUACGUUGGCCCGCUACCCAACAGCGCGGUGGUGCAAUCGAUUUCAAAAUCCGACGACGCACGCUCUGCUCGCCGCCGCCGCCGCCGCCGCCGCCUGUUGUACCUUCUCCUCUUCUCCUCCUCCUCAUUGUCCUGCCUACCUUUUGCUCUCCAGUCAGUGUCAUCGCUGCGGCGGAACCGGCGACCGCCCACGGGAACAUGGUCCAGGAAAUUGCGCUCGAAUUCGCCGAGUGGUGAUCAUUUGCUCGCGAAGCAAAGCUUAAAAAUACUGACAACGGUGUUUUUUACGUGACGAUAAGCGAUAGGAUGUGCUGCAGGGUGUGAAAAAAUUGAAUCACCUGCGUCACGCCCAGGUGAGUACAGACACAAAUUUUGCUCAUUCCACCCACAACAUGUCUCUCUCUUUUGCUCGCUCUCUUUCUCCAUCCCUCCUUCUCACCCUCUUUUCCCGUAUUUAAAUUUUUAAUGGCAGAAAUUUAGUAAUUUACGUAACUUUUUUUAAAUUUCUGUGUUGACUCGUGGAAAUGUUUUUUUUUUUUUUUUUUUUAAUUUCAAUAUUUUGAAAAGAGUUUUUCCAGUAUAUAGUUUUCAAAAUCAAGAUUGCGAUCACGUUUGUUAAUGUAACAUCUUAAUAUUCACGAAAGCUCGCUUUUUAUCUAACUAGCUCGACAAAUAGGACGCUGCUACACUUAAAUACAUUUACAUUUUGAUUAAACAAAACGUGAUUAGGUGUGCGCAUUUUUUUACAUAUUUACGUCAAAGGUGAACUUCACGGUAAGCAAGAUAAAUCUCUCAAUGUUUAAUACAGAUCGGGGUGGAAAUUACCGCAGUGCGCACCGCGUUUUUAUCAUAUAUCCGAGGAUAAAAUGCGGAAGCGAAAGAGGAUUGAAACCGGAUAGCGCAGGCUUUCAAAGGAACGUUCAUUCGUUUACGGGGAAGAAUGAACGCGACUACAACCUGAUGCUCUCUCGACUGUGUGCAUAUAUAUGUACAUGUGUGUACGUGUGCGUCGAGAUGUACGCGAUAUCAUUUUACAAAAUAUAAAACAGUAACGAGCGGACGUUUCCGAGGGCGAAAUCCGGAAUAACCGGGAAAAACCGAAGGAUAGAAGAAGCGAAAGGAUCAGCGACGUAUAGCGUAUUGCUGUUGGACAUUCGUAGCGUCCGAGAGUUUGGGUAAUUCAAUUUGUUCGAAAGUCGCGCGAUUUGUAUGUACUGUGGAUGCACUAGCUUUUCUGUUGAAUCCGCAUUCGAUCCACAAGCACACGGGCACUGCACUCCGGGGGGGCGAUGCACCCGGAAUAGUACUUACACGAACUCUAGAAACUAUCGCCGCAGAAGACCGACUGCGGCUGCCUUCCACUCACGAUGAAUAGCCUACAAACUGAAACCCUUAUAUAUACACACGCUUGGCGCGAUGUUUUGCCGUGAGAAUAUAAAAAUAGAAGUACAUACACAUCGGGAAAAUGUGUAACGCGAAGUAAUAAUUUGCUAAUAAUUUAAAUUGAAUACAAAAAAAAAAAAAAAAAAAAAUUCGCAAAACACACACCCUGAUCUCGGUUAGUUGUUCGCGAAGAUCUCUGAUGUCAUGAUUUUAUAUUGGUAUUUUCCGCGGCGGAUGUCCCGAGGGCGCAUAAAAUCAUAUAUUGUCACAGACGUCUGAGAGAGCACACAGGAAAGUGACACGUAAAGUGGAUUCACAAUUGCAGGGAACAUCUAUGGGCCGUAAACGGUGGUGGCGGGGAGGUCUGGGGGAGCUGUUGGUGCUUUGCAUCCUCCAUCACGUCGUCGUUCUAGCUGACGGCAAUGUCGGAUGUCUAUUUAGCGAGAAUGUGUGCAACGUGGAAACGGAAAGAUGCUUCAACGAUCGGGCGUUCGGAAAAUGUAUACCACGUUACGUGAAUUUAGAGAACGGCAAUUUGUAUCAAUACACUCUCGAUGCUAGCGAAUUGGAGGUAUUAAGACUGCAACUAGAAAGACUCGAAUCUGCUGGUUACAAGUGGAAGCAUCCCUUCACGCAAUGUAUUAUGCAAACAUCGUUACGCAAUGUUCGGCGUGGACCGAACGGCAUGUACGAUCUUCGUCUUUGCGAACGGCUGAAGAUACCACGUCUCGACGAACGCAACCAGGUGUCGAUCCCGGCAGUUGCCAUACUGAGAAUAUCCGCUGACAAGGAGAAGGCAUUACCCAAGAGCAAUUUGGCCGAUACUCUGUAUCAUCAGGAUAUCAAAGACAAGUUUCCGAGCGGUUUACAUUUACCGCAAGCGUUGCCGUACAACCGGGAAUCCAUCGAUCGCGUUUACAGACAGAGAUACGCGAAUUGGCGCGAUGUCAAGAACGAUCGCGCUUCGAUCAACGACGAGAGAUACGAAGGCGAGCACGGAAGAUCGUUGAGCAAUACGGGCCAGCAGUUGUAUCUGCCCAGAACACGUCGCUACAGCUUCAUCGACGAUUACAGAAACGACGACGUCGAGUCGUACGAAGACACUUCGAGGAACAAGAAAUUGCCGGAGAACAACAAUAAGAAUCUUUACGACGACAAGCUCGAAUUCUUACCGAAUGAAAACUCAUCGAGUUACACGCUGCUGAAGUCCACUUCGUCCGACGACGCGGACGAGAAGGAUGAGAGAACGUUGGCCCGGAGAUACAAACACCGGCAAUCACUGCUCGAUUUUAUUAACGAUUAUACGACAACGGACAACACGAAAAAAUCUGCACUCGACGCUUCGUCCGACAACGCGGACGAGGAGGAUGAGAGAACGUUGGCCCGGAGAUACAAAUAUCGGCAAUCACUGCUCGAUUUUAUUAACGAUUAUGACACUUCGCCCGACGACGCGGACGAGGAGGAUGAGAGAACGUUGGCCCGGAGAUACAAACACCGGCAAUCAUUGUUCGAUUUUAUUAACGAUUAUACGACAACGGACAACACGAAGGACAUGGUGAUCGGACGCGACCAUAAAGAUGAUCUCGACUAUGACGGCGAAGCGAUUGACGACGGGGAUUCGGUGAAGAUCGAGAAAUCUGACGUUUCUACGAAGGCAGACAGAAUGUACACCGAGGGUGGAGUCGUACAACCUUCGAAAUCUGCACUCGACAGAAGCGGUGAAACUUCAGAAACUUACGACGAUGUGUUAGACGAGCUUCUGUGGCGACGAGAAUUGGCCGGCUUCAAACGCAGAGAACGUCUAGACGUAAAGAAACCCGGACCGUUGUUCGCGACGAAUAAUUACGCGUUUAAAACCCAACCUACGCCCAAUUAUUACAUGGAGGACAUUCAGGACGACGAGAAAUACGAACUAUCGAUGAAGAAGAGUUUACCUGUUAAUAACAAGGAGAACGACGAUUCGCUAAAGAAUUACGAAAACGUUGAUCUGGACCACGUCUACAUCGAGUUUAAGCAAGAGUUUCGCAAAUGGGCUGAAGGAGAACACGUAGUAGACAAGGUGGAGAAGCUUUUAGAGCUACCCGCCGGAACCUUAACAGACGUACGAGUGGGACGCGCGGAAGUUACGUUUAAGGUCGUCGGGAACGACAAGAAUUACAAUUCCACCGACAUCAUCCACAAAAUUGGUGAGAUACGCGACCAAUUACAAAAGGAAAUGGGAGUGAAAGUUCUCAAAGCGGGAAUAGGCGACAAGACUAAAUUACCGCCUAUCCUGGAAAUAACCUGGGAGGAUGGCAUGAGUUCCAGCUUGUUCAGGGCGUUGGUGGCCUGCGGGGUCGCGGCCGCGAUCGGUUGCGCGGUGGUCACGCUGAUAAUCGCACGCCGUACCGCAAAAUAUCGGGCGAAACUCGUCGGACUGACUACUCCGGAUCCGGAAGCGUCCAAGGACUAUCAGGACCUGUGCCGAGCGAGGAUGCAGGCGAAGCAACCGAAUGAGAAAGUGGAGUCGCCGCGCAUCACGAGCCUGUCGCGCGAACAAGAACCGAACAACGCUUCCUCCAAUCGCUCCAGCACAUCUUCCUGGAGCGAAGAACCCACUAUCUCGAACAUGGAUAUAUCAACCGGUCACAUGGUUCUCAGUUACAUGGAGGAUCAUCUAAAGAACAAGGACCGCCUGGAUCAGGAAUGGGCCGCUAUAUGCGCCUGCCGCGCAGAUCCAUCGUUCACUGAAGUCGCGAUGAAUGACGAGAAUAUCGAGCUGAAUCGUCCCCGUUCAGUGAUCCCCUACGAUCAUUCCCGAGUUGUCCUGAACGACCUCGCGAACGCUCACAAUUCCGAUUACAUAAACGCUUCUACGAUCAAGCCGACGGAUCACGACCCCCGGAAUCCGGCUUACAUAGCCACGCAGGGUCCGUUACCGCUGACCACGGCUGAUUUCUGGCAAAUGAUAUGGGAACAAGGCAGCGUGGUGAUUGUGAUGCUGACACGACUCACCGAGGAAGGCCGUUCUAUGUGCCAUCGCUACUGGCCGGAGGAAGGAUCGGAACUCUAUCAUAUCUACGAGGUGCAUCUGGUGUCGGAGCACUUCUGGUGCGACGACUACUUGGUGCGCUCUUUCUAUCUGAAGAAUCUGCGCACUUCCGAGACCCGAACCGUCACGCAAUUCCACUUCCUGUCCUGGCCGGAGAACGGCGUUCCGUAUUCCACGAAGGCUCUGCUCGAGUUCCGAAGAAAAGUUAAUAAGUCUUACCGCGGAAGAUCGUGUCCCAUAGUCGUGCAUUGCAAUGACGGAGCUGGACGUACCGGUACAUACUGUUUGAUCGACAUGGUCCUGAACCGCAUGGCGAAGGGAGCGAAGGAGAUCGACAUUGCCGCUACUCUCGAGCACAUCAGGGAUCAGAGGCCCGGCAUGGUCGCUACGAAGCAGCAGUUCGAGUUUGUUCUGAUGGCGGUGGCGGAAGAGGUUCACGCGAUCCUCAAGGCUCUGCCUGUACCGGCCGCCGACAAGAACGCCGCAGCGAGCGAUUCCUCCCCGCCCAGCAAAUCGGAACAGUGAGAGCCACUCUGGCCGUGACGCGAAUUCAACCCUGAACAGCACGAAAGGUCUGAAGAACUUAAAAUUUUCGUUCCCUUGUAUUUUUGUGCACACACAAACUUCAUAUGAUUUGAAAGAUAUGAAUUAUCAAAAAAGCAAACUUUCAAAGAGAUGAUUCUUUGUUAUUGCAACGUGCGUGCGGGAGUUCUGAUAGUAUGUUUAUGUUGGUCGAUCAUUUCGUACUCUCCAGGAUUAAAGUCGCGACCGAGGAUAUGCAUAUUGAUUUCGAUUUUCGGGUUACGAGGGAAAAAGGAGUCAAAUACUUUCGCUAGCUGUUUACCGCGAUGUUACAUCCUACCGGAGUAAAGAAUGAGAAUCAAUUGAUUUCGUUUGAAUUUUCUACACGCUCCAAUGUACUUCCCGACUAACACUUUCGCCUGAUUAGUUUCAUAGAACGCAUCGAUCUUAAGCUUCUUCUUUUAUAUUUCAACUGUAUUUCUCUUAAAACGUGAGAAAACAAUAAUCGACUUAAACUUCUAAGAAAAAAAAAAAAAAAUCUAGUCAUAUAAUGAAAGAGAGAGAGAGAUAGAUAGAUAGAGAGAAUACAGUUUUAAGUACGAAACGUAUUAAGGGAAGAUAAAAAAAAGUCAGACUAGAACGUAUAUAUGUUAAGGCAGCUUGCAGUAUAAAUGUGAUGCAUAUAAUCGUUUUUUUCUUUAGUGCUAUACUAUCUAUAAUAAGGUGGUGUUAUCGUUUUGUUACGUCGACAUGAUCGUGUGCAUACGUAUUUUUUUUUUUUUUUU